CGACCGGCGUUCGACCGAUAUCGACCGUCAUCCGACCGACCCCGACCGUCAUCAACCUCCACCGGGAGUGCAGCCGACCGACUCCGGGAGAGGCGGCGACGCCGCGCCAGCAUGAGGUCCUCGCCAUCGACGACCGCGGUCGUCCUGGCGGCCGCGAUCCUCCUGCUGACGGUGGGCCGCGCCACUCCGGACACCCGCCGCUCCGCGGCCGGACAGCCGCUGGACCGCAACGACACCCUGCGACCGCCGGCACCUCUCGGGCCGAACGUCUGCAGGACGAGGCACAAGAUUUACUGCUGUCCCGGGUGGGUCAGGAAACCCGAGACCGACCUCUGCAUCGUCCGAACGCAUCGCGAUAAACCGACCGGGCAACAGCGAGAAGAAGCGAGCGGAUGUCGAUUGCAGUGCAUCAAUGGCAACUGCGUAAGCGGAAGAUGUCAAUGCAGACCAGGGUAUCGGGGUAGCGUCUGCAACGAGCCGAUCUGCCGGGAACCGUGCCUGAAUCGAGGAAGAUGCAUCGGGCCGGAGCGGUGCGCCUGCGUCUACGGGUUCACGGGGCGCCGAUGCGAGGUCGACUACGCGACCGGGCCCUGUUACACCGAGGUGCGGAACGGCCAAUGUCUGCGGAGUCUGCAAGGAGUGACGUGUACGAGGCAGCUGUGCUGCGCGACCAUCGGCAAAGGAUGGGGCCACCCAUGCGAGAGGUGUCCCGGACGUCUGGAGUGUGGCACUGGGUUUUUGAAGACGCAGCAGGGAGAGUGCGUGGAUAUCGACGAGUGCGAAGCGAUUCCUGGUCUAUGCCUGGGCGGAAAGUGCGUAAACACGGUAGGCUCGUUUGCGUGCGAGUGCGCCCCGGGUCAGGAAAGGGCCGGCCCGGCGAGCGCGUGCACGGACGUCGACGAGUGCGCGAUUCCUGGGACCUGCGCCGACGGUCGAUGCGUGGACACCCCCGGAGGAUUCUACUGCCUCUGCGACCCCGGUUUCAUCCAGAGUCGAGACCGAAAAUCCUGUAUCGAUGGAAGGCAAGGAUUCUGCUACACCACUCUCGGCGGGAGGGACCGAUGUGCCGAUCCUCUGGCAGUGAGACUCAGCAAAAAGGACUGCUGCUGCGGGAAGGACAUGGGUCGAGGGUGGGGCGACGAGUGCUACGUGUGCCCCAACAGCGGAAGCGGGGAGCACAAGAAGCUCUGCUCCUCGACGGAGUCGCAAGAGCUGACCCUGGUGGACGAGUGUGCCCUUCGUCCCGACAUCUGCGGCGAGGGCGGUAAAUGUAUAGACACCAAACAAGGUUAUGAGUGCGAAUGUCGACCCGGGUUCACCCGAAGAGGAGGACGAUGCGAGGAUGUCGACGAGUGUCGUCUAGGAUACUGUCAAGGUGGUACCUGUCGAAAUUCGGAAGGCAGCUUCACCUGCCACUGCCCUCCCGGGUUCGUUGUCUCCGACGAGGGUCGUCGUUGCGAGGAUACCGACGAGUGUCGCGAGAGCGGCGCAUGCGCGAACGGGCGGUGCGUUAACGCCGGAGAUGGCUCGCCCACCUGUAGAUGCAACGAGGGGUACUCCUUGUCGCAGCUGUCGCGAACCUGCAUCGAUAUCGACGAGUGCGCCGAUAAUCCGAGAGUCUGCCUGAACGGUCGGUGCGAGAACACCCCCGGGUCGUACAGCUGCACCUGCCAGCCGGGCUUCGUCGCGUCCAGGGACAAGACGUUCUGCGUCGACCUGGACGAGUGUGCCACAGGUGAGAUGUGCGAGCACGGACGUUGCGUCAACACGGAGGGCUCCUUUAAGUGCGUCUGCGAUCCCGGAUUCCGUCUCGACGAGGAUCAUCAGCGGUGCGUCGAUAUCGACGAGUGCCAAAGUACGCCGUGUAGAAACGGAGAAUGCAUCAACACUCUCGGGAGCUUCGGGUGCGAGUGUCACUCGGGAUUUAAUUUAGACCCUGACGGCAGAUCCUGUUCCGACUCCAGGAGGGACUUGUGUUACACUCAGUACAGAGGCGGUCAGUGCGCCAAUCCAUCUUCCACGGCCGUGACGAGGUCCAGUUGUUGCUGCUGCACCGUCGUCCUCAACCAACCCAUGGGCUGGGGAACCAAUUGUCAACCGUGCCCCAUGCCAGGAACCUCUGAAUUCGACACUCUCUGUCCACAUGGUUCCGGAAUGACCUACAACGGCGACGAUAUCAACGAGUGCGCCCAGAAUCUCAACGUUUGCGUGAACGGCGGAUGCGAGAACCUGAUGGGCACGUAUCGAUGCAUCUGCGACUCCGGUUACGAGGUGGACGCGACAGGGAAGAUCUGCAGCGACAUUAACGAGUGCGAGCUGGAAGAGUCCCUGUGUAUAGGAGGUCAGUGUAAGAAUACACCCGGAAGCUUCCAGUGCAUCUGCCCAACGGGCACGAGACUGAACGAGGACAACCAAAUGUGCGAGGACAUCGACGAGUGCGUCGAGCUGGGUCCUGAGAUCUGCUUCAACGGAUACUGCGUCAACACUCGUGGCUCCUACGAGUGCGAGUGUUCACCUGGAUACGUCCUGGAUAACACGGGCCACGUCUGUACAGACAACAGGAAGGGCUCCUGUUGGACGAAGGCGGUGAACGGCAGGUGCGAGAAUAAUCUGCCGCGACUCGCGUCCAAGUCCGAGUGCUGCUGCUCCGUGGGACUAGCCUGGGGCAGCCCCUGCGAGAUCUGCGAGCCCGGGCUGUGCAAGUGUCCCCGAGGGUAUGCGCCGACCAGGGCGGACGGCGGGGAGAGCGGCGAGUCUUGCGCCGACGUCAACGAGUGCGAGCUCGACGACAAGAUCUGCAAAGGAGGCGGCACGUGCGUCAACACCGACGGGUCGUUUCGCUGCGAGUGUCCAACCGGACUGACUCUGGACAGCAGUCAGACGGCUUGCGUCGACGCAAGGUUAGAGACCUGCUACACCGAGUACCGGCACGGCAGGUGCACCCUGGCGCUCGCGGGUCGACAUUCCCGAGCCCUCUGUUGCUGUUCACUGGGUCGAGCUUGGGGUCGGGGCGGCGACGAGUGCGAGGCCUGUCCUCGACCAGGAAGUCGAGCCCACCGCGAGCUCUGCCCUAGGGGCGCCGGUUUCACCGGUCGCGGGGACGUGAACGAGUGCGUCGACUUUCCUGGGGUCUGCGCCAACGGGAAGUGCAGGAACACCCCGGGCAGCUUCUCCUGCCGCUGCAAGCCAGGGUACGCGCUCGACGAGGGCGGCAUCUCCUGCAUCGACAUCGACGAGUGCGAGAUCAUGCGAGGAGUAUGCGGCAAUGGAACUUGCCGCAACACUCCGGGUCGUUUCGAGUGCGACUGCGAACCAGGAUACCGCAGCGGCGGAGCCGUCGAGACCUGCACCGACGUAAACGAGUGCGAGGAGACGCCGGGUCUCUGCAGGGGAGGCACCUGCUCGAACGAAGAGGGCGGCUUCCGGUGCAUCUGCCCGGCAGGGCACGAGCUGGGCCCCGACGGUCGAUCCUGCAAGGACAUCGACGAGUGCUCCAGGACUAGCGGCAUCUGCUCGAACGGCGUCUGCGAGAACCUCAUGGGCACCUACCAGUGCAUCUGCGACGACGGGUACGAGCAGACCGGGCACAAGUCCCACUGCGAGGACAUCGACGAGUGCGCGGACGGCAACGGGGGCUGCGAGCACUCCUGCCUCAACACCGCCGGCAGCUUCUCCUGCAGGUGCAGCGCCGGAUUCGCACUGAAUGUCGAUGGACGAUCUUGCGCAGACGUAAACGAGUGCGCCGAAGACCCCAGGGUCUGCAACGGCGGAAAUUGUACCAAUACCCACGGGGGGUAUCUCUGUACAUGUACGGACGGGCUAUUGCCCGGGAAGGAGGGGACCUCGUGCAUCGACGUCGACGAGUGCGCUACGAGGCCGCUGGUCUGCGGCGGCCACGGGGAGUGUCGCAACACGGUGGGGUCGUUCACCUGCAGGUGCGAGGACGGCUACUCGGUGAAGCCUGGCCUGGGGCCCGAGUGCACCGACGACGACGAGUGCGCCUUGAACGCUUACUCCUGCGGCGAGUUCGCCGAGUGCAGGAACGUGGAGGGCUCCUAUGUGUGCAGCUGCAAGGAAGGCUUCGCUGGUGACGGCCUCGACUGUCGGGAUCUGAACGAGUGCCUGGCCGAUAACGGUGGAUGCGAUUCCAACGCCCAGUGCGUCAACACCGAAGGCUCUUUUGAGUGCGUCUGCGACGCCGGCUUCACGGGCGACGGCAUCUCCUGCAGGGACGUCGACGAGUGCGUCGAGGACCGCGCCCUCUGCGAGAACGGGCACUGCCUGAACUACCCGGGUUCCUUCCGCUGCGAGUGCGAGAUGGGCUUCGCCCACCCUGACGAGAGCGACGAGCGCGCCUGCGUCGACAUCGACGAGUGCGAGGCCUUCAGCAACCUCUGCGUCUUCGGCCGCUGCGAGAACGUCUUCGGCAUGUUCCGAUGCGUCUGCGACGACGGCUACAAGCUGGACGGCUCGGGCGGCAACUGCACGGACGUCGACGAGUGCGAGAGUCCGCACUCCUGCCUCUACGGCCGCUGCCGGAACACCCAGGGUGGAUACGAGUGCGAGUGCCCGCCCGACCACGAGCUCGUCGACGAGGGCAACGCCUGCGUGGACAGGAGGGAGUCGCUGUGCUUCGCCGGACCCGGAUCGAGGUGCGUCCUCGAGGUAGCCGCCUCGGUCACCAAGGCCACCUGCUGCUGCAGCAUCGGCACUGCCUGGGGCAACAGGUGCGAGGAAUGCCCUCGGCCUGGGACCCGAUCCUUCGAGGAGCUAUGUCCAGGUGGGCCGGGCUACCGACCGAAUCGCUUCACCGCCGUCCUCGAGGACAUCAACGAGUGCGAGGACCACGAGGACCUCUGUCGGAACGGACACUGCACAAACACCUUCGGCAGCUUCAUGUGCUCCUGCAACGAGGGCUUCCGCCUGGACGAGACCAGGACCCAGUGCAUCGAUAUCGACGAAUGCGCUCUCCACGAGCGCAUCUGCGGAGUCGGGCGUUGCGUGAACGACCAGGGAAGAUACCACUGCGAGUGCCCUGAGGGGUACAUGGCCAUGCCUGGUGAAAAGGAAUGCGUGGACACGAGAAAGGAGCAAUGCUACACGAGAUACCGACCCGAGGGGUGCGACCUCCCGAUGGUGCACCCGCAGACCAAGAUGCUGUGCUGCUGCUCCGUGGGCGUAGCCUGGGGCCAGCCUUGCGAGAAGUGCCCGGACGAGAGAUCUCGCGACCGGGAGAUCCUCUGCGGCAUGGUACCCGGGCAGAUAAUGAACCCGUUGACCAACCACACGGAGGAGAUCGACGAGUGCGCCCUGAUGCCGAACGCCUGCACCAACGGGCAGUGCGUCAACACGCCGGGUAGCUUUGAGUGCAGGUGCAACCGGGGAUACGUCUACGACGAGGCGGCGCACCAGUGCAACGACGACAACGAAUGCCUGCGAGAACCGGGGCCGUGCGUGGGCAACGCCAGGUGCGUCAACCGCCCUGGCUACUUCGAGUGCGCGUGUCCACCAGGUUACAAGCUAGGUCCAAGCCAACGAGACUGCGUCGACGUGGACGAGUGUUACGAGCGUCCCGGGCUCUGCCUCGAGGGGGUCUGCAACAACCUCCAGGGCAGCUUCCAGUGCGUCUGCCGUCCGGGCUUCGCGCUCGCUUGGAACCGCGACGGCUGCGUCGACGUCGACGAGUGUCAGCGCAACCCCAACGUCUGCAACAACGGGACCUGCGUCAACACCCUUGGGAGUUACAAGUGCCAGUGCUACGCCGGCUUCAAGCUGAGUCCUGCCAACGACUGCGCCGAUGUCGACGAGUGCAGGAUCAUGCCGUUCCUCUGCCGCAACGGCAGGUGUCGUAACACCGUCGGCUCCUUCUCCUGCGAGUGCGCCGAGGGCUACGUCCUGGCGCAGGAUGGACAACACUGCCGAGACGUGGACGAGUGUCGAGAGGUCGCUGGCUUGUGUCCGCUCCCAGGGAAGUGUCAGAACCUGAUGGGCUCGUUCGUCUGCAGCUGUCCCCCGGGAUACGAGCUGGACCACGCUAGAAAAAGAUGCAUCGACGUGGAUGAGUGCGCCGAGACCAAGGACAUCUGCGAGAACGGUCGGUGCAUCAACACGGAGGGUGGAGUGGUGUGCGAGUGCCCGGUCGGUUUUCGACCGAGCGAGGGUGCGGACGCGACGAAGUGCGUCGACGCCCGGGAGGAGACCUGUUACGAGGAGUACGCGCGAGGUAGGUGCUCCGCCGCCCGACCUGGACCCACUACGAGAAGACAAUGCUGCUGCACCAUGGCGGCAGCCUGGGGACACCUCUGCGAGGCCUGUCCACCGAGAAACAGCAGCGAAUUUUCGCGACUCUGCCCGGAGGGCGCUGGCCGAGACGACGCGGGGAUCGACCUGGACGAGUGCCUCCUGGUGCCGGGCGUCUGCGCCUCCGGCGAGUGCGUCAACACCGACGGCUCCUUCCGGUGCGAGUGUCCACCCGGGUACGUCCUGGACGAAUCUGGCCGGCGCUGCGUCGACGAGGACGAGUGUCGCACCGUGCCCACCCUAUGCGGCAACGGCACCUGCUCCAACCUCCAGGGCGGCUUUGAGUGCGACUGCGAGGACGGCUUCGCACCUGGGGCCAACCAGGUGUGCGAGGACGUCAACGAAUGCCUAGAGCCGGGGAACGAGUGCGCCUUCCGCUGCCGCAACGUGCCCGGCUCCUUCAGGUGCGUCUGCCCCUACGGGUACACCCUGGCCGCGGACGGCCGCCACUGUACGGAUGUGGACGAGUGCGCCACCCCGGCCAACCGAUGCAAAUUUCAUUGUAAGAACCUGAUCGGCUCCUUCGCGUGCAUCUGUCCUCCAGGGUAUCAUCAGAUCGGCACGGCCGAUCGCUGCGAGGACACCGACGAGUGCGCCGUGGAUUCUGGGUUGUGUCCUCAUGGACGGUGCAUUAACCUGGAGGGUACCUACGAGUGUCGCUGCUACGACGGAUUUGAGCCCACUCCUGAUCGCAAGUCCUGCGUUGACCGCAGAGUCGGCCACUGCUUCCAGCGGACGAUCGGCGGCAGGUGUCCCCCCAUGCUUCCGUCGCCGGAGACACAUCGCACCGCCGUGACCAAAGCGGAUUGCUGCUGCACCAUGGGAGCCGCAUGGGGACCGCACUGCGAGAUCUGCCCCACGAGGGACUCCGGGAACUACGCCGAACUGUGUCUGGACAAAGGAUUCUCCGUCGACGGACAAGAUAUCGAUGAAUGCCGGACGAUUCCCGACCUCUGCGGAAAUGGACUCUGCGUCAACACCCUGGGAUCGUACAGAUGCAUCUGUCACAGGGGCUACAGAGCCGACAAAUCCGGAACGAGCUGCGUCGACGUUAACGAGUGUCAGUCGAGCACGAAGCCAUGCAAGUUCAAUUGCCACAACACCGAGGGGAGUUUCAUCUGCUCGUGUCCAGUUGGGUACAUCUUGAACGCCGAUGGAGUGACCUGUCGCGAUUUGAACGAAUGUGCCAUCGGAAACCACCUCUGUCAGCAGGAGUGCAUAAACACGCAGGGGAGUUACUCUUGUGGGUGCAAAGAGGGGUAUGCACAAAAUGGAGACUCCUGUCGCGACAUAAAUGAGUGCGAGCAGGCUGGUAUAUGUCCAAAGCCUGGAGUGUGCAUUAAUACUCUUGGAAGUUUCAAAUGCAUCUGUCCGAGAGGUUAUAAACUGGAUCGGUCUAAGACGUACUGCGUAGACAAUGACGAAUGCGCCGAUGAUGCAAACUGCGAACACGACUGUCAGAAUCUGAUGGGAUCCUAUCGAUGUGGUUGUCCGGAAGGAUUUUCUCAACAUCCAUAUUACAAUCGAUGCAUCGAUGAAAACGAAUGUGAUUCUUCACCCUGUGGAAGUAGUAAUUGUAUCAAUACGAUUGGCAGUUACAAGUGCGGAUGUCCCGAUGGAUACCAAUUUGACAACAAUGUUCAAAUAUGUGUUCAGGUAAAUUUAGGCUGCGCAGGAAGUCCCUGUGCUUUUGGUUGCAUUUCCACGAAACAGGGAUUCGUGUGCGGUUGUCCCAGUGGGUACCAGCGAGUUGGACAGGGACAUUGCUUAUUGGGCGCGACUCCUUUGGUUCAAGAUGGUUACAGUGGAAUUGGUAACGUUGGGCCUAAUUCUGAUUCCUACCAUAUACCGCCAGCUGGUGGUAAAAUCAUUUCAACGGAAGGAUGCUUUUCGUGCAAGGUGGCUGGUAAAGACCGACAGAGACGAGAAAUAGAAAUUGGAUCAAUCGGAGUAAAUGACACGUUUGAUGUAAAAGAACCGCUUGUGCUUUUAAAAGAAGAGGAUCGGACUGUUCAACAAUUACGUACACAUGAUCCACAAAAAAAUAACUCUGGUGGUGAAAGCAUCUUAAAAAUUAAUCUUAACCAAACAAAGUAUAGAAGAUCUGUAAUAACACUACUAUCAGCAAUGAAGGACAAAGAAAUGGGAUAUAAUAUCACACGUGGUAACGAAAAGAAGCACUUCGACAUUGUACAGAAGCAAGAAUACUGGCACCUUCAUUUUAAGACUCGAUUAAAACGAGCUCAACAGUUUGACAUUGAGAUUCAUGGAAGACCUCUGAAUGUAGCUCAGUACGAUCAACUAGGAGAAAAUUUCUUAUAUCUUAGACUGCAUCUUAUAGUUACUGACUAAUUUUGCCAAAUCGCUUGUUCCCACGUGAA